UCCGGUACAUGAUCACAAUGCCUAUACAUUAAGCGCGAUCUUCUUUAAUGGAAGGCUUUAAAUAUACGUCCAUCAUUGGAUUGAGUCUGCAAAUGGCGGCCAACCGAAAUAUAUCAUGACACAAGUCCAUUCUUUUUACCUGGCUGAUGGCCUUGAAUCAUACAGACAAGGGGUCACCGCAUUCCGAAAUGCUCGUGACUGGGCCAAAGAGCAGCGGGAUAACUUUUUCAAAGCGGCAAAUCAAAGAAAGAAACUUUCGCAUAACCUUUCCACAUCUCCCACGGCUGAAGAGAAAACCAAGGGUAAGAAGAGGCCGGCCACAGCAACCAAUGAACCGGUGCUUGUCAAGAAAGCACGACACGGCAAGUGAUUUAUAUACUACUUGAUGCAAUUGCAGGCAUAGGCUUGCCAUUGACGGGUUGUCGCUACUAACCGACUUUGU